UUCCUGAUCCCGAGCGGGUUGACCCCCCUGUUCCAUUGCGUCGUCGCCGUGCCGUCGUUGGGUAGUAGCUUUGCAAGAAUCCAGGCCGUAUGUAUGUAUGUCUUUGUUAGUAGGAAGGAAUAUGCUACGGGGGGUUAGUAAGUAAGUAGGCGAGUCGGUUCAAUAAGUAAAUACAUAUAAGUCCACCAGCGAAUCCCCUCCGCCCACGACCUUGGGGGCUACAAAACUUAUUUUCCGCCCCUACUGGCGAAAAAAAAGAGAGUGGUAGCAGUUUACGGAUUACGUGCGUAGAAGCAGCAAAGCGAAAGAAAAGAAAGGUGUAGUCGACCGGUCAAUCUCAAGGCGUUUUUCUAAUUCGACGGCGAAGACUGCGAGACAUACAUUACUUACAUUACGUUUACAUGAUCUGACGGUGCUGGCGAUGCAAAAGGUCUCUUGUCCGCACACACCCGCGAAGGAAGACCCUGCAUCAGCUCCUUCGAGAGCCCGCCCCGGAUUUCUUAAUUGUCCUUCGUCCUUCCCUGAAAUUUAACCCUGACCUUCCUGACUUACCCUACCUACCCUUUGUCUUUUUUUACUUACCUACUUACUUUAAUUCUCGGGCGGCGCAAUCCCUCUCAUAAUGUUCAAUAAUCCUUCGUCCUGAAAUGUUCAAACCGCCCCGAUGAAGGGCUCGUGUGCGCCUCUAGUGCUGCUGCUACUCGCGGUCUUGGGGCUUCUGGCUGGGAAGGACGGGUUGGCGGAUGGGCGUGGGAUCGCUAGCCGCGACGGCGAUGGCGAGUUCCCCGGCCUGGACGGUUUUUUCCGGCAUAGGUAUCCUACAGUUGUGGCGUUUGGCAAUCGUCUCUACAUAGACGGCGGCGAGCUGUCCCAGCAAAUCAACGGGACUGGCUCGAACGGCACCCAAUCAUAUUCAUCAUACGCCGCGAACGCGACGUUCUCCCUGAACCUAACCGAAUCAUGGACGAACGAAACGGUCUCGUUCCGGUCGAUCUCCAAGACCGCACCGCUUCUCGACCAGCAAAUCUAUUGGACCGACCCGACCAACGGUGCCGGCGCUCUGUAUACCUGGGGCGGGAUGGCCGUGGGGUCCGACCCGCCACCCGAAAACCAACUAUGGCUACUCAACACGGACAGCACCGGGGGCGGGACCUGGUCGGAAGUCACGCAAGUGAAUUUCCGGGACUUCGCUAAAUUAUCGCAACCGGUCGGCGCGGCCUUCACGCAGACCAGCAACGCGGGGUUCGCGCUCGGCGGCCAAGUGACCUCAAGAACUGACAGCGGCGUUCAGAAGGAAGAUCCGGGGUACGCGUUAACAGGGCUGGUAUCGUACAACUUCCGAACGGGUCUAUGGUCCAACAGCUCGACCGUGUCUAACUACGGGGGAUACGGGACGAAUCUGAACGGGCUCGCCGAGUUCGUGCCUUUUGGACCCAAUGGAUUACUGCUUUUUCUCGGUGGCGCCGAGACGCCGGUCGAUGCGACAAAUUUUAGUAUCUCGCAGGUUGAUUGGAAUCAUAUCACCUUAUACGACCCCGUCACGGGGAUGUGGUAUCGGCAGGAGACGAGCGGAUCGCGGCCGCCAACGGUUGAGAGGGCGUGUAGUGUGGGAGUCAAGGGACCGAAUAAUACAUAUGAAAUAUUCAUAUAUGGCGGUACAACAGCUCAAGGAGCAGAUGGAACCGACAGCACAUCGGCAGAUGUGCACGUAUUAUCACUCCCCGGAUUCGUCUUCUUCGACGCGCACUCUCCCGGUACACCACGUGCCGACCAUGCUUGUACCGUAGUAGGUGGAGGGAAAAGACAGAUGUUGAGUUACGGAGGCGUUGAUGGUGGACCUGGACUUCGUAAUCCCACGACGACAGCCGAUCCGUGGAAACAAGGGCUUGGAAUAUACGACAUGACGGAGAUGAAAUGGACGGACUCAUACGAUCCUAAUGCGGCGAAAUACGAAAGCCCAGCACGAGUGACGGAUUGGUACACACAAGGAGGAAUGAAUACAGUGACCUGGUGUAAAAAUCUUCGAGAGCUAUUCGUCAACGGUAGCUCAGGUACAUAUGGUACGAACAGUACGACCGGAAACUCCACCUCAACGGACCCGGAUAGCUCCAGGUUUAAGAGGACCGGUAUCAUUGUUGGUUCCACCGUAGGAGGAGUGGUAUUUUUAAGCAUUAUGAGCACCGUCAUAUUCCUGGUGCUGAGGUGGCGUCGGCGCCGCCGUGAAAGCACGAUAGUAGCCAGCACUCUCAACGAAUACAGGCCAGAGCCGUGGCCGAAAGAUACGCCACGGAUGCGGUCGGUGACCCCGGGGACGAUGGUGUCGUCACCCACACCGGUUCCGAUAGAGAUUAGUGGUACUGUAAGGGGGGAAUUACCUGCUGAGGAUGUGGACUGGACAUACGAACUCCCGGUUCCUACACCGAAACUGAGACCCGAGCUCCCGGAUCGGAAGUACUCAUAUUAAUGUAAUUAUAUCAUGUAAAUGAAUUAAACCAGAAUAACUCGUGGCG